AAACCUUUUUUGCGAGGGCAACAAAUGAUACGUCAAAUCGUUGUGGAACUUGCCUUUUCUUUUUAGUUGUCAAAAUAAGCGGAAGGUAGGCGAUCAAGAUGUUGAUGCCUAAACAAAACCGUGUUUCUAUCUAUGAAUACUUAUUCAAGGAAGGAGUCAUGGUAGCCAAAAAGGACUACCAUGCUCCUAAGCAUCCAGAUCUAGAAAAGAUUCCCAACCUGCAAGUGAUAAAGGCUAUGCAGUCCCUCAAAUCUAGAGGUUAUGUCAAGGAACAAUUUGCGUGGAGGCAUUUCUACUGGUACCUAACCAAUGAGGGUAUUGAGUACCUAAGAAUAUUCCUCCACCUGCCACCCGAAAUUGUACCAGCAACACUUAAGCGGUCAGUGCGAACAGAGACAGUGCGCCGUGGUGCAGUGGGCAGGACAGAUGCACCAACACGCACCACAGAAGACCGGUCAGCAUACCGUCGCGCCCCCACCACACCUGGUGCUCCACAUGAUAAGAAGGCUGAUGUUGGCCCUGGCUCUGCUGAUUUGGAAUUCAGAGGAGGCUAUGGACGUGGCAGGCCAGCUCCUUGAAUAAGAUAAUAAACAAUAUUAUUCCAAAA